AUGGAAACAACGCUAAACACUUUUGAAGUUUCAGCUACUUUAUCAAGUCGCGAAGCAAAUAAUAUUAUUUACUUUCCUGACUUGGUAAAUCCUCCCUUAACAAAUAGUUUUAUUGAUAAAACGGUUGAUAUGGAUAUAGAUUACCCUUUUGAAGAUGAAAAUGCUUUAGAAGAAUUUAUUAUCGCUGAAACUCAAGGAUUUUUGGUUAAGUUAGAACGCGAACUACGUCCAAGACCUCAAUUUUAUGCUUUAACCAGACCGGGAACUAAUCCAGUCCAUUUAAAGAAAAAGAGAAGAAUGAAGAAUUUUACUAUAAAAUCUGGCAGGAAAUCUACUAGUUGUGACGAAAUAUCUGAUUAUAAUGGAGAAACACCUCAAAAACAAACGACAAGAAAGAAAAGUUUAUCAAUAGAAUCACCUUUAGGAAAGAAAAUAAGUACUAAUUCCGAAGCUGAAGGAGAAGAAGUAUCAAAAUUACCAGAAGAAAUCAACACAGAAAAUAAACGCGAUGCGAAAAAAGGUUCGGGAAGUAAUAGAGGUCGACCGAAAGGUUCUUUGAAUAGAAAUAAGAAGAACUUGCCUUCAAAGAAACAAAAUUCUCGGAAAAGUGAAAUUGAUACUUCGAAUUCUAGUUUGACUUCAAUUUCACCAAAUGAUUCUCCAACACCUAAAAAGCGUAAAUAUAAUCGUGUCAGCGAAUCAUCUAAAAAAUCAAAUACGUCACCUUCAACGACACCUGCAAGUGAAGGUGGGUUAGAGAUGAUAUUGAACAUGGACCAUUUUGUUGUUAAUAAUACUACAGCAACGAUGAAUUCUGUUAUGACCAUUGUUUCUUCGCCUUGA